AUGGAUUAUAUCUUGACACAGAGCCCGCUGUUUGAUUCCACCACAACUGCUUGGUCACCUGGAGAACAUCAACUAGACCCUGAGAACAAUCUGUAUUCAGAGCUUGAAGAACAUGCAGAUGGAGGAGAACAUAAGCAAGAUCUCAGUUCUGAUAAUUUUGUCGCAGAGGAAGGGGAUGCUGGAGUCACUUCUACUGACCAUACAGAAUCUGUCGAUGAGGCUCCCAGUUUGAGAAGAAUUGUGAUCCUUGGAAAAACUGGAGCUGGAAAAAGCAGUGUUGCAAACACUAUAUUUGGGGAAAAAGAUUUCAAAGUCUAUUCUAGUUUCAGAUCAGGAACACGUCAAUGUCAAGCAGAAACUAACCACAUAAGUGGAAGAGAUAUAAGCCUGAUUGAUACACCUGGCUUCUUUGAUACAAACACACGUAAAGAAGAGCUAAUGCCUGAAAUAUUGAAGUGCAUCACAAUGUGUUUACCUGGACCACAUGCUUUCCUCAUUGUGCUUAAAUAUGAAAGAUUUUCAGAGCUGGAGAAUGAGAUCUUAAACCAAAUAACCAAACACUUCUCUGAAGAAGUGUUCAAAUAUGCCACAAUUGUCUUUACUCAUGGUGAAGAUCUCCCUGAAGGGCAGACAAUCAAAGAUCAUUUGAGUCACAGUGAUUGUUUAAGUGAGGUUGUGAGAAAAUGUGGUGGUCGGUGCUAUGUCAUAGACAGCAAAUAUUGGAACGAUUCAGAUGACCCAUACAGGAACAACAGCUACCAGGUUAAUAAGAUACUUGAAUCGGUAGAAGAGAUAGUGAAGGAAAAUAAUGGAAACUGUUACACCAAUGAGUUUUUACAAAGAGUAGAAAAACUAACAAAACAGGCAGAGCAACAUAAGAUACCUGAAUCGAUAGUGAAGGAAAACAAUGGAAACUGCCACAGCAAUGAGAUGCUACAGACAGGGGAGAAAAUAACACAACAGGAAGAUCCAUGUCAUGUAAAACAUACUGAAAAAAUAUCCAAAAGAGAAAUCAGGGAGAGAACCGAAGGCAAAGUCUGGACAGUUUUUAAAACACUAGGUAUUUCAGAAGAUAGUCUGUUGAAAGCCUUUUUUGGUGUAAAAGCUGCUGUAGCAGUGGCUGUUGCUUGUUUAGUAGUGGCAGCAGGUGGAAAACUGGCUGCAUCAGCAGGAGUAAUAGAAUCCAUUAUGCAUUUAACAGGAGAAGAGACAAUCGUUGGAGCUGCUGGAGCAGCAGUAAUGUUUGCAAUGAAAACAAGCUGUUCUAUUAAUAAAUAACUUGGCCUUUUUAAUGAGAAUUUCAUGUAAUGUAAUUCUUACAUUACCUUCUUAAUUUCCGGAGGGAGUCUUCCCAAGGGAUCAAUAAAGUUCUGUCUAAGUCUAAGUCUUAGAUAUUUAUUAUCAUUUAUAAGUUCAUUCUCAGACACCUUCAUUAAAGAUCUAGUAAAAAACUUUAGUCAGAGUAUUGUAAAAAUAGUUGGCCCAGUAAAAAAUUAUUUUCAUGUAGUUGGUAUUGGUUUUGUUGACCCAUCAAAAAGCUGUUGGAAUGUAUUUGAAAACUGUUGCUUUGUAAUCGGGAGAUGUUUUCUUAGCUCCCGGUGUUCUUUCAUUUUUAUUUUUUGCUAUUUAUUUAGAAAACAAACACCAAAAUCAAAAAUCUCCAGCUGUU